CCCUGGAAUGUGUCAGUAUUACUGAGGUGGAGGGAGAUAAGCAGCACUGCUCACAUCUCUGCUGUCUACUGCUGGGGCUGCACCCUUAGCCCAGGAUGGGGGCCACAUCCACCUUGUCCUGGCUGCUGCCCUGUCUCCUGGCUGUACUUGCGCAGAAAGAAAACGACCAGAAGUCGACUGACUGCUACAACUCUGUGACUGGAACCAUCUAUGACUAUGGUGGCCUCACACUAGAUGGAAGCACUUUCAUCCCCUUCAAGCAAUAUCAGGGGAAGACAGUACUGUUUGUGAAUGUGGCCACCUACUGAGGGCUCACCAUGCAGUACAUAGAACUGAAUGCACUACAAGAAGAACUGAGAGGUACUGGGUUUGUCAUCUUGGGAUUUCCCUGUAAUCAAUUUGGUCUACAAGAACCUGGAAGCAAUGAUGAAAUUAUUAAUGGAUUAAAAUGUGUGCGUCCCGGAGGCGGCUUCGUUCCAAACUUUCAGCUAUUUGAGAAAGGCGAUGUUAACGGGAAGAAAGAGCAGAAAAUAUACACCUUUUUGAAGAACUCCUGCCCCCCUGUGGGUGAUACUUUUGGAAAUCCUCAGAAUCGUCUUUUCUGGGAACCCCUCAAGGUCAGUGAUGUCAAGUGGAACUUUGAGAAGUUCCUAGUUGGACCUGACGGCCGCCCGGUGAAGCGCUGGUUUCCCCGCACACCAGUCUCUCAAGUAAGGCGAGAUGUGCUUGCUUACCAGAAAACACAGUCCGGACUUCAGAGAGUGAUGAUGCUGGGAAGGGAUCAAAACUAAUCAUUUGUCCACACCAUUGCUUAAUGUUGCCCUGCUUGUUUAUAUAGAUUUAUAUAUUUUUUGUGCUCUUAUUGCUAAAUGUUUGGGUAGUUGGCAGGACACCUAAGGUAGGCUGAGAUACCAUCUGCAUGAAAGUUGGGUCUGAAAGUACACCAGUACGGGACCUACCUGGAAACCAGGACUUUGGUAGGUUGCUGUUCAGUGCAUUCCAGUAUCUCUACCAUCCUGGGAUGGGUCUACAGCAUUAUCAAAGGCUUACUGCUUUCUGCCUGAACUCUGGGGUGAUGCUGUAACUGUGCUUUUACUCAAUAAACAUUACCUGUUCAUAAAGAAAA